AUGGCGGCAACUCAAGCUGAACCUUAUGUUGGACUUGUUAAUGUGGAGGGGCUCCUGCGAAAAGCAAAAUCAUUCACUGAUGGAGAAUUUAGUGGCAUGGCAGCUAAACUGGGUAUUAAAGGUCAUCUCGACAAAUUGAUCGGUAGUUUGACCAUCAUAAACGACUUUCUGGAAGCUGAAACGCGCAUUAAUCGUUCUGAAGUUAGGGAAUUUCUCGAAAAGAUCAACGGGCAAAAUGCCCUGUUGGAUGAUCUGCUCGAUGAGUUUGCAUAUGAAGCCCGCCGGCCGAAAGUAGGGCUUCGGUGUAAGGAGAAGCUGGACAAAGUAGGCAGAUUCUUUUCUGCCUCCGACCAAAACAGGAAGAUGAGUCAGAGGUUGAAAGAUGUUGGCUCGAAAUAUGAAGGAUUAGUUCGUCGCGCUUCGGAAAUAAAUGUGGCCAAUGCAAGUGAACAAUACGAUCAUUUCCGAGCUUGGCAAACUGUUUCAGAGUCAGAAAUAUUGGAAGGAAGUGAUGAUUUGCUAAACUUGAAAGGAAUGAUACUGGGUGCUGGAAAUGAUCAUGAUUUAUCCUUCAUUAGCGUAUUUGGCAUGGCGGGCAUCGGAAAAACUACCCUUGCUAAAGUAGCCUACAAUGAUGAUGACGUGGCGAAUCAUUUCGAUGUGAGAAUUUGGAUCUGGGUGUCGGAUGAGAGUUAUACUUUUAGGAUUUUGAAAGAUAUGUUAGAGAGUUUAACCUACCACCCCGUUGAUGAAAUGUCAAUGGAAACAGUUUUACUAAAGCUACUAGAAAGGUUGAAAGGGAAAAAGUAUCUGCUUGUUCUUGAUGACGUUUGCGAACAGGAUUCCAGUAUGUUGGAUUCAUUUACCCAGUGUUUGCUAAAGCUUGGUGGUUCUAGAGGAAGCAAAAUACUGGUAACCACUCGUCUACAACGAGUUGCUGAUUCAUUUAAACCAGGUUUAACCUAUCAGGUAAAUCUUCUGCCAGAGAAACAUUGCUGGGAAUUGUUUCGAAAAAUAGCAAUUGAAGGAAGUGGGCGAGGAAUGACCCAACAACUAGAGCAAGUGGGUAAAAGGAUAGUGGAAAGUUGUGGAGGCCUUCCAUUGGCCGUAAAAGUAAUAGCAAAUACCGCACGCACCAGGAGCAUUGACGAGUGGGAUAAGUUAGCAAUAAAUGAAGCAACAGGUUCUGAAUUUGUCGAUGAUUUCCCAAAGUUGUCCUAUGAUAAUUUGCCUUCAAUAUCACUAAAACAAUGCUUCCUUUAUUGCUCUAUUUUCCCAAAAAGCUCUGUCAUGGAAAAGGAUGAACUAAUACAACUUUGGAUGGCACAAGGGUUGCUUAAUCCACCGCAAGGAAGGAAUUUGAGUAUGGAAGAUUUAGGAGCCGAGUAUCUUGGUAUUUUAGUGGGGGCAUCAAUUUUGCAGGAUGCUGAAUUAGAUGAGGUUGAUGGGAAAAAAUUCUACAAGAUGCAUCAUCUUUUUCAUUACCUUGCUUUGUCCUUAUCAAAAUAUCAAUGCUCGAUUAUGGAGAGGAAAAAUGUUGCAACGGAUCAUUUUGGUGUACAUCUAUCUGUGAUUAAUUGCGAAGCAUCCAUUUUACAACCCUUGAGGAACAAGUUUAACAGGCUUCGAACAUUGCGGUGGGUGAACAGUGGAGUUCUUGGAGACAUGUUGGCAUACACUACUUCUCUUCAUGUCUUAAUUGUGGUUGAUUCGAUGCUUAAGGAGUUACCAGCUUCAAUAAGCAAAUUAAAACUUCUAUAUUAUCUGGACAUCUCGAAGACCAAAAUUCAAGAACUUCCAGAUUCAAUUUCAACACUCUACAAUUUGCAUACCUUGAGACUUUAUGAUCUUAUAAAGGUGCCAGAGAAUUUUAAGAAUUUGGUUAAUUUGAGACACAUUUAUAUUGGUUCGAGAUACAUUUAUUUAGGGGAGCCCCAAGACUGGGACAAGUUGAGUGCUUUGCUUUCUCUUAAAGCACGCUUUAAAGUUCGUUUGCACGACAAUUAUCCGACUGGGGACUUAGACAAGUUAUUGAAGUAUCCAGAUUUUUGUUCGCGUCUCAGGAUUUAUCGCCUUGAGAAUGUGAGUGGCUAUGAGAAGGAGAAGGAGAAGGAGAAGAAGGCCAUCAAAGAAAAGCUAUCAAGUAUAUUAACGAUAUCAACACUAAAAAGCUUAAGGCUUCACUGGAAUGCAAGGAGGGAAAACUGCUACGAUGAGGAUGUUUUGAAAGGUCUUCAACCUCACGCAGAAAUAAAACAUUUGGCAAUUGAAAAUUACAAAGGUACGGCAUUUCCUCCCUGGAUGCAGAAUACAAGCGUACUUGUGAAGAUGGAGUUGGAGGACUGCAGCUAUUGUGAGCAACUUCCACCACUGGGGCACCUUCCCUCUCUCAAAGUUGUCAAAAUAAGCGGGAUGGUCAAUGUCAAAAGUAUCGGGGCUGAAUUCUAUGGUCUUACAAAUGUCGAUGGUCAAAGUAGCAGCAGUAGCAGUCCUUUGACUGCACGUACAGUGUUUCCAAAAUUAAGAGAACUCACACUAAGGGAGUUGACAAGUCUAGUGGAGUGGUCUGAACCUGUAACUCUUUCAAAUCAUUCUUCAACUGUCUGUCCUCUUCUGGAGAAAUUUGAAGUUGAGCAAUGCCCCAAACUGAAACGCCUCCCAAACGUAAUAACCAGCAGCCAUGAGCAUCUGCGCCGGCUAGAGGCUGCCUGGUGUGACAGUUUGGAUUGCCUACCAGAGGGAGUUGUUGGACUCAAGUCGCUCGAGGAUUUAGAGAUACGUGGCCUACCAUGUCUUUCAAAGCUGUCUAUUGGACACUGUCGCAACCUUGCAAGUUUGACAAUAGGUGGCAUCUCAGACGUCGACGACAACACUCAACCUCCGCAUUUGACAGGAGGGUCAGGAGAACUUGCAUCUCUGCCCGAGCAACUCCAAUAUCUCUCAGCUUUGAAAUUUUUCACAAUAUCCGGUUAUGGUGGACUGGAGAGUCUUCCAGGAUGGUUCUCUAAGUUACAAUCCCUUCAAAUUCUGAAGCUUGAGUUCUGUUGGAAGUUUGAGCAUUUCCCAGAAGCAGAAGAAAUGCAACAACUCAAGAAUUUGGAUGAGCUUGAUAUCUGUUAUUGCCCCCUUCUGGAGGAGGGGUGCACCAAAGGAAGCCGCCCAGAAUUGCACAAGAUCUCCCACAUUCCCAGAAUUAUGAUAAAUUCCGAAGAAAUCAAAUUUCGCCCACUAAAUAAGAGUAAAAAUGUAAGCUGCUUUUAUCCAGUACAUCUUCUCUAUUAA